AUGUGGCCCAGACUGGUGAGGAUGUACAGUGGGGCCAGUUGGCCGCCGUUUCGAGCAGACAGUAGCAUUCUGCGCCAUUUCACGGUGACGUACGCCAGAUCUUCCGGUCCUGGGGGUCAACAUGUCAAUAGAACCGAGUCCAAGGCUGUUUUGCGAUUACCAUCUAAAAAAUGGCAUGAAGCUCGAGGUAAAUGGAUUGAUCCUAUUGUUUUCGACCAGCUCAUGAAAAACUACAAAGACCAGACUUGUCCAGAAAACUUCCGGUUCCCGUUCUUCACCGGCUCGGGAGACGUGUUGAUUAUGAGCGAUACUACAAGAUACAGACAGAAGAACGUGAUGGAAUGCCUAGACAAGUUUGUGAGUGCGGUGCAGAGAUGUGGGAGCCAGAAAAAAGAAACCGACCAAGCGACCAUUGAUCGGUGGGACGAAUUACACAAGAAAGAACACGAAAUCCGAAUACAGACAAAACGUAAGUUGAAGGACAAGAAGAAUUCGCGUCGCAAACUCAAAUUAGACCUGUAA